AUGAGGCUAGUCAAGAGGCGCUCCAACUUGCAAGAUGGUUCGAAACCCUCGCCGAGCAGGAACCACUCCACUGCCUCCCUCCCCUCGGCGGCUGCCUCCUCCACCGACAUCACCCUCACCCCUGCCUCCACACGCCCGUCCUCGCCCGUUGACAAGGGACGAUCCAGGAGCUUUCGAAAGCGAGACACCAUGGGAGAAAAUAGAUAUCCACCAAGCUCCUUUGCCUCUGGGUCUGGACACGGCUGGAGCUUUGGACGCAUGAGAAGCUUCAAGGGCAGGAAAAGGCAAGAGUCCAGCAGAGACGCUACGAGCGAAAGUGAAGCAGAGUCGGAGGCCAACAUGGCGUCGAGCUCGCCUCUCCCGCGCAGUUCCAUCCCGCCGUUACAGCCGGUACCACGCCCUGCCCUACCCCUCAGCGAGCCCUCGCCCAUGGCUGCCUGGCCUGCUCACGCCCCGUUCAGCUCGAGCAGUCAGAGUGGUUUGCACGUUUCGAAUUCUCAGGUGGGGCUGGCACUGUCCACCGACAAUUUGCCUACUGCUGUCUCGUAUUCAAGAGUCGUUUCACCAGAUGUCUCUCAGUCUUGUAGACAAUUUUCCCCUCUUGCAUCUGCCCACCAAGCAAGUAGCUCUUCCAAGUUGACAAAGAGAAGACCAAUGUCCAUGGUCAUCGACAAAACCUUAUCUCCGGUCAACGCUCUCUCCCCCUCUUCCAACGAUCCCACAGAACUACAGCUUCGCCGUGCUCGCUCCUCUUCUACCAGCCCCUCCAACUAUCCCCGAUCACCUCCCCAGAACCUUACCCUUUCUGUUAACACUGAGGGUAGCCCUAUCCCUCCCGUACCUCCUUUACCUUCCCUAUCUCCAAUCAUAAACAGCCUCCCCCUUCCGGAGGGCGCAGCACCAGCCGAUCCAGAGUACGUCUCGUCGCUGAACCGGAAUCCUUCCUCUGUUACCAGUCACGGCUCAGCGUCCUCGGCUGCAUACCCUUCUACCGAAGAGUCUGCUCUCAUCGUCACCCCUUCCGACAGAUUGCAGCGGGAUACGAUGAGCUCUCUGAUGUGGGACUCUCUUCGAGGCACUGAGCUGGCCAAGAUCCCUUCAGAGGGAAUUGACCGAUAUCAUGAUCAUGACGGGGAUUUGGAGAUUGCUAGGGUGUCUAGCAAUUCGCCCAUGUCCAAGGGCGGCUCGUCCAAGACUGCCACUCCCAACGGGUCUAUCAAAGCUCUCAGGACCAAAACGAGCGCAGCCGACCUUGGCUUGCAGACGUAUGCAGACUCUGAGAGUCCAAAGAUUACACCAAGGCGACUCGACAGGCUUGCUUCUCCAUUGUCUCCAACAUCUCCCCUGGUGACGAUGACCCCUCUCAACGGUGAUACGUUCUCGGACGACUUUCCUACCCCCGCUCGCGUCAGUAGGCUCAGUAGGCCCCGCGCAGCGUCAUUCGCCAACAGCCUGGAUACCAACUCGAUAUACAGCCUCGGUGAGGUGGACACUGCCACGCCCGCCGUCGUGACUCGCGCGCAGCAGGUGUUGCUGUCGCCUAGCCACCCCGGGGCCACUGGAGUCAGACGUGGUUCGGCCCCUGAAGAGCACAUUGCUGGGCUUGUGGAAAAGUCUGAAGGUAGCCCCCGGUGGCAUUCAGGCCGUAGAGUUCUGGGAGAUGUCAAUUCUUCAUCGCCUCAGCUUGGCUAUCCGGUACGAGAAUAUCAUUCUCGUCCCGCUCCUAUCCCUCCUCAUCUUUCGCCAAGCAAACAAGACCGGCCUCAGCGUUCGCCCCGCCGCACAUCUCUACCUCGAAACGGAUCUUUCUCCCCAAGCUCGGGCCGUGAAUCCCUCAGAGUCGCAACCUCCCAAGAUGCUACUCUCCCCAGCUCUCCCGGCGAGCAGCACAAGGACCAAGUUGUCGAGAUGGAACGCACGCUCAGUAUCGGCAACAUGCUCCGCCGAAUGAGUAUCGGUAAGAGCCCGAAGAAGGGAAGAAGACACAAAAAGUCAAUGUCCAUGGCGGAUGAUGGAGAUGGGGGAGGUGAUGGGGCAGUGGCGGAUGGCGAGGCUAGUGGGCCUGGAGAAGCGAAUGAGUGGGGGGUCGGACUAGGGCUUGGCGGAGUGCCGCAGAUGAAGGAGAUGAAAAGGCAGAGCUUUGGGUCUGCGCUCAAGAGGAAGAGUGGGAUGUUUACUGCUGCUCCAGAGCUCCAGAUGUCGAUAGGAGCCGAAAGUCCGGUCAAGGGUGGCUCGGCUCGACCUUCAAUUGUACCAGCGAGACAGGCCACGAGCGAAAAGGAGACUGCCUCUACCAAGAUCAGCCGAAGCAAGUCUUUGCCUGGCCAGAAGAGGUCACCGCCUUCCGCACAAGAGGUGCCAACUGCCAGGCCUUUCGCUCUCGUCUCCACCGAUCUCGUACCGGCGACGGCUACGCCCAGUUUUGGGGCUUCUCGCGCCGAGCUGGCUGUACCUCGGAUGGACUCUAGCUCCAGUGCGGAGACUGGGGAGCCGUAUGGCGAAAACGCAGGAGCGAAGUGUAGAGUCUCCUUCCUCUCUGACCAGCCUCAAUCUUGCUGGCCCGCGCUUCUCGGUCCAUACAUCCCACCAGAGCUCCUCUCCCUACCUUCAUAUUUUCAUACCGCAGCUCCCAACCGAUCUUACUCGCCUUCUGCCCCUUCCAGUCCUCGGAACAGGACAAGUCUCUUGGGGCCUGAUGAUCACGAACGCCACGCGCACGAAGUCCGAAGGCGCUACAGGCAAAGCUUGGUGCACAUCAAGGAUGACAGAGAAUUUGCCCACAUGUUGGAAGAGUUUGCGAGGAUUGAGAAUGAUCCGAGGGCUCGAAAAGCAUUGGGCGGCGGAAUCUCUUUGGUAUCGCCCGAGGCGAGCAAUCCGACGAGCGCCGAGGAAGGCGAUGAUGAUGGGCAUGUGCUCAUGCGGUCCAAGGGCAGAGAUAGGGAAAGUAUGGAGAAGAAGGCCAAGCAGGCUAGCAUUGCCGCCUGGUUUGUGACGAGAGAGAUCGUGCAGGGUGAGAGUAGACAUGCCAAGCUGCUGGCCAAGGGUCUGAGGGUCGCCAAAGCAAUGGCAGCUACGAACAAGUUCAAAGACAAGGACUUUGCCCCUUCGUCCCCUAUCACGCCGGCUGCCCGUUCAGCUACUUUCGGGUCUCGCUCGGCUUUGGAGACUCCAUCUCCUGCUGUGUCCCCAGUACCUCGACAAAAGAGUCACUAUCGUACGGGCAGCGUCCCUUCCAUCUUGAAGAAACGUCGAAAUUCUUUGACCGAGCGCAAUUCUCAGCUUUUGGCUGGUAGCCUUCAUGCUCUCACACCUUCGCCCUCAGCAUUGAGAAAUCCAGGUUUUCCCCCGUCGCCCACGCCCAUUUCUACAUCAUCUACCACCUCAUCUUCUCAGGGGUCGGCGGCUAUGGCGCUGAACACGCUGAUCGCCCGUCUGCCGGCCCUUUUAGACUUGUCUAUCAAGCUAUCGGAUGCUUUCUCGAACGACGCUUCGCCCUACGGUGUCUCCCAGGCAUUCAUCGAAAUGGAGAAGGACAUCAGCCGAGAGAUUGGCUUGUGGGCGAGCGAGGUGGGAGGUGUAGUCAUCAGUGGCAUCAUGGAGGACCUGAACCGAGCGAUGGACGAAGAACGGAGGAGGGGAAGGGGUGUUGAGGAAGAAAUUGAUGGGAAAGAAGGAGAUGAAAGAUUGGGUUACCUUGAUAUUAUCAUGAUGCCCGUUCAACGAGCUUCAAGGUACAAGUUGUUAUUUCAGGAGCUGUCUACCAAGAUCCCUCCCGCAUCCACUACACAUCACAAAAUUCUCGGGGCCAUCGAGUCUUCUCGCAAGCUUGCAUCUACCUUGGAUACUUGUCAGGCCAUGGACCUUGAGCUUCUGAGGCGACAAGGAAGCCGCACUAAAAGUCUCGGGAGGAAGGUCAGGCCGGUAUCGAUAGGUCCCGGCUCAAAGUCCUCGUCUCUCUGGAACGGGUUUAAUGAUUAA